CAUGCAAAUCUGUGCUUAUCUAACCUUGCGCGGCUGAGAGGCGGGACGGAACCAAGAAGGCGAAUUGGGGGGAGCCAGGAGCGGGGCUGCUGCGGGCGUCAACGAUGGCAGCUGCGGGAGCUUUGGCUUUGCUGAGAUCCUGCAGGAAGCCAAGAUGGAAUAUACCUCUCUGCAUAAAUCAUUGGAACACUCGUUCUUGUCUUUCUAAAUCUUUCAAAUCAGAAGCUUUACCACAUACAGUCCAAGAAGGAUUAACUUGUGCUCCACUUCAGACAUUUACAGAAGAAGAGUUAAUGAUUAAACAGUCAGUAAAAAAAUUUGCCCAAGAACAAGUUGCUCCAUUAGUACAAAAAAUGGAUGCUGAUGCAAAAUUCGAUGAUUCUUUAUUCCAAGGACUAUUUAAACAAGGGGUUCCUGAAAGCAAUAUAAUGGGGCAAGUUGGUCAUGGCUAUAAGUAUGCUAUUGGAAUGCUGAAUACAGGAAGAAUUGGCAUAGCUGCGCAGAUGCUGGGAUUAGCACAGGGGUGUUUCGAUCAUACUGUCCCAUACACAAAGGAAAGAACCCAGUUUGGAAAAAGCAUUUUUGAUUUUCAGGGACUGCAACAUCAGAUUGCUCAAGUGGCCAUUCAGAUUGAAGCAGCAAGGUUGCUGACUUACAACGCAGCCCGAUUUGCAGAAACUGGGAAGCCAUUUAUAAAACAAGCAAGCAUGGCCAAAUAUUACGCAGCAGAAGUUGCAACUCUAACAACAAGUAAAUGUAUUGAAUGGAUGGGUGGAGUUGGCUUCACAAAAGAUUAUCCAAUUGAAAAAUAUUACAGGGACUGCAAGAUUG